GGAGCGGCCCGGAACCUUUCUGGCGGCGGCCCGUGUUUCCGGCCCGGCCGCGCUUGGGGACGGACCGCCGCGCCCGGAAGCGGCCGGACGGAGCCGGUAGCGCUGCUCCAGGCUGACCCUGGGCGAGGCGCUGAGGCGGGGCCCGGGCGCACCGUACCCCUGACCCCGGCUCCAGGAUGUGGCGGGCCCGGGCCGCGGCCGUUUGUGUUGUCUGCCAAAGCUUAGCAAAUAGCAGCUAUGGAGUAAAAGGAAAAUCACCAUUGCAAAAAUUACACCUUGUUUCCCGAAGUAUUCAUCAUCCCCAUUAUACAAGUUCAAAGUUUCAGAGACCUCCACUAAGGACAUCAAUUCAACAGUUCUCCUCUCUUAAUCGUCUUCCCUUACGGAAAACCAAACUUUUAUCUGUAAAAUAUGGAUACCUGUCCCAUAGAAAUUUCUGGGUAGCUAGACUGGCUUCAAGGCUUCUAAAACUUCGCUAUCUUGUACUAGGAUCUGCUGUAGGUGGUGGCUAUACAGCAAAAAAGACGUAUGAUCAAUGGAAGGAGAUGCUGCCUGAUCUCAAUGACUAUAAGUGGAUUGUUCCUGACUUCAUUUGGGAGCUUGAUGAACACAUUGACUUUGAAAAACUUAGCAAAGUCCUUCCUGAUGCAGAAGACCUCGCUAAACUUCUACCUGACUUUGACAAGAUUGGAGAGAGCCUCAGUUCACUGAAGGGCUUUUUCUCACCUGGUUACAAUUUGGUUAGUGAAGUCAUAGGAGCUUCUGAUCUGCUUCUCUUGUUAGGUUCCCAAGGAGAAACAGCAUUCAGAGCUACAGACCAGGGAUAUGAAAAUGACAAACAGUACAAAAAGGGCCUGCUUGGUGAACUCAUUCUAUUACAACAGCAAAUCCAACAGCAUGAAGAGGAAGCACGCAGAGCUACUGGCCAAUAUAACACGGGCUCUUCCCAGCAGAAGCGAAAGGUCUCUGACAAAGAGAAGAUUGAUCAGCUUCAAGAAGAACUUCUGCACACACAGCUGAAAUAUCAACGAAUUCUUGAGCGCUUAGAGAAGGAAAACAAAGAACUAAGAAAGCUGGUGUUGCAGAAGGAUGACAAGGGCAUUCAUCAAAGGAAGCUAAAGAAAUCUUUGAUUGAUAUGUACUCUGAAGUUCUAGACAUUCUGUCUGACUAUGAUGCAAGCUAUAAUACCCAAGAUCAUCUACCUCGGGUUGUAGUGGUUGGAGAUCAGAGUGCAGGAAAAACCAGUGUGCUAGAAAUGAUUGCUCAAGCCCGGAUAUUCCCUCGAGGGUCUGGGGAAAUGAUGACACGUUCUCCUGUUAAGGUAACACUUAGUGAAGGUCCCCACCAUGUGGCUUUGUUCAAAGACAGCUCUCGGGAGUUUGAUCUGACCAAGGAAGAGGAUCUUGCAGCCUUGAGAAAUGAGAUAGAGAUCCGAAUGAGGAAAAGUGUGAAAGAAGGAUGCACUGUCAGUGCUGAGACCAUCUCCUUAAAUGUGAAAGGUCCUGGUCUGCAGAGAAUGGUGUUGGUAGAUUUGCCUGGUGUCAUUAGUACUGUGACAUCAGGUAUGGCUCCAGACACUAAGGAUACUAUCUUUAGCAUCAGCAAGGCCUAUAUGCAGAACCCGAAUGCCAUCAUCCUUUGUAUUCAAGAUGGGUCGGUGGAUGCAGAACGCAGUAUUGUCACUGAUUUAGUCAGUCAAAUGGAUCCUCAUGGGAAAAGGACAAUCUUUGUUUUGACCAAGGUGGACCUUGCUGAGAAAAACGUGGCCAGCCCAAACAGGAUACAACAAAUCAUUGAAGGUAAACUCUUCCCAAUGAAGGCUUUGGGUUACUUUGCAGUCGUUACAGGAAAAGGAAACAGCUCUGAAAGUAUCGAAUCUAUUAAAGACUAUGAAGAGGAAUUUUUUCAAAAUUCAAAACUGUUGAAGACAUGUAUGCUAAAGGCACACCAGGUGACGACGAGGAACCUAAGUCUUGCUGUGUCAGAUUGCUUUUGGAAAAUGGUGAGAGAGUCAGUGGAGCAGCAAGCAGAUGCUUUUAAAGCAACACGUUUUAAUCUUGAGACUGAAUGGAAGAACAACUACCCCCGGUUGCGAGAGCUUGACCGGAAUGAACUGUUUGAAAAAGCGAAGAAUGAAAUCCUCGAUGAGGUUAUAAGUUUGAGCCAGGUCACACCAAAGCACUGGGAGGAGAUUCUUCAGAAAACAUUAUGGGAAAGAGUAUCUACUCAUGUGAUUGAGAACAUCUACCUGCCAGCAGCACAGACUACAAAUUCAGGGACAUUUAACACCACUGUGGACAUCAAGCUGAAGCAGUGGACUGACAAACAACUGCCUAAUAAAGCAGUAGAGGUGGCAUGGGAGACUCUGCAGGAAGAAUUUUCUCACUUCAUGACAGAAAAGAAAGGAAAAGAGCAUGAUGAUAUCUUUGAUAAACUGAAACAAGCUGUCAAAGAAGAAAGUAUUAAACGACACAAGUGGAAUGAGAGAGCAGAAGACAGCCUGCGAGUGAUUCAGCACAAUGCUUUAGAAGAUCGGUCAAUAUCUGAUAAACAGCAGUGGGAUGCAGCUAUUCACUUCAUGGAGGAUACUCUCCAGAGUCGCCUCAAGGACACUGAAUCUGUUAUUGAAGACAUGGUGGGCCCAGACUGGAAAAAAAGAUGGCUGUACUGGGUAGGCCGCACUAAAGAACAGAAUAUUCGCAAUGAAACAAAAAAUGAACUUGAGAAGAUGAUAAAAUGCAAUGAAGACCAUGCAGCUUACCUUGCAAAUGACGAGGUGACAACUGUCCGAAAGAAUCUUGAAGCAAAAGGGGUAGCAGUGGACCCAUGUUUGAUUAAAGACACGUGGCACCAAGUUUAUAGAAGACAUUUCUUGAAGACAGCUUUGAGCCACUGUAAUCUGUGUCGAAGAGGCUUUUAUUACUACCAAAGGCAUUUUGUAGACUCUGAGCUUGAAUGCAAUGAUGUGGUUCUGUUCUGGCGCAUACAGCGAAUGCUGGCGAUUACAGCAAACACACUGAGGCAGCAGCUUACUAACACUGAAGUCAGACGUUUGGAGAAGAAUGUUAAGGAAGUGCUGGAAGACUUUGCUGAGGACAGUGACAAGAAGGUUAAGUUACUAACGGGCAAAAGGGUCCAGCUGGCGGAGGAUCUCAAAAAAGUUCGGGAAAUCCAGGAAAAACUUGAAGCCUUCAUUGAAGCCCUCCAUCAGGAGAAGUAGAUUGUUCAAGCAGCUGAACUCUUACCAUAAGAAUACAGGCCUUUCCCAAAAUGCAUUGCACAAAGAAGACAGAAUGAAAUGGCUUUGCUGUCCCAUUCGUCUUCCUAUCGUACCUUUUUGAAGCAUCCUGUGAUGUCAAAGGGGUGAGGGAAGUAAUUUCUCACAUGGGAUUGAGACGUAUUGAACAAAACCUCCCAUUUGAAUUUUUGAAGCAAGACAAACAUGACAGCAGAAUCCAGGUUUUGUUGUGUUGAAAUGACAAGAUGAGGGAAUGCCAAAGUUGUCCAAUUAAGUUCUGUUCCUGAGAGGAAGGAGAGACUUUUAUUUCUUGGCUGUGGUCUAGUAUGGCAGGACUGGAGCAGAUUCAUAAAGUGGUUUUAUCCAGUGUCAGUUUCUUGCCUGCAAAUAAUCCUGGGAGUUUGAAAUAAAGAUGUAUCAUUUGUACAUACAUGAAUUAACACCCUUCUAACUAAUAUUGGUUGUAUCCCUAUACGGUUGUUGAAACAUCGCUAGGGUACACCUCUAAUACACUGUGGUGAGAAGGGAGAUCUGAGAGAGAGAGGCUUUUCUUAAGCACUUGAGCUAUUGUCAUCAAAGGAAUUCUGCCAGUUCCUUUCAUUUGAAAAGUACAGGCUGUCAUUCAUUGACUCCUUAAAAAGUUUGGCUCAGGAAAUAAUGUCAACAGCUGCUCAUUUUAUGGCUGCUUUCCUAGUAGAUGAUGUUACUCUGAAUCAUAGCCAAUCACAUUUCAUUUUGGGGGUUGCCUGGACACUAACUGGGUUUCCUGUUAACUUUCCCCAUGUCCUGUUGGAAAGUAAGCUAAUUAUGUGUGUGGGUAAUACAGAAAAAUAAUUUAACAGUGUAACUCACUUUGUUUGACCCUCUCAAAUAAACAUUUCAGAAAAAAGAUCAAAACCAGAUUUUUUUAUAUAUAUUUUUUUUCUUUUUAUUGGGGACUUUAAGGCCAAAAUUGCUUUAAAGUAGUGUAAUGCACAAGAUCCCUUCAUAGCCACUUGCUUUGUGUCGUUUAGAGUCUAGACUGAUAUAACUGGUCAGUGGUGUUCAUUUCCUUCAGUCUCUCAGAUUGCCCCCAACGCAGUCUGCAAGUGACAUACCAGAGCUUGGUGGAUUAAACCAAUAUUCACCAAUUCUUUGAGGUAUCACAUAGAAUUUUGCUUACUUGAUUUUACUUGUUUCCUCUGUUAUCUUGUCUGCCAGUUAUACAUUUUGUAUAAUAUAAGCCCCAAAUAAAUGAACAUCAUCUUUUUUUACAUAUCUCGACUUAGCUACUAUUGCUGUUAAAGUUGUCAAUGAGACAGAUUUAAGAAAAUGAUCUAAAUACAAUUUCACCGAUGUCCAGUGACUUUUUUAAAGCCCCUUUUUAUUUUUCUUCUGACACUCUUAAUACAAGUGUAGUAAUCCAGCUAGAAUUGACAAAUGGUGCUGAAUACUUGAAUACUGCCCUGGAAGAGGAUGUUAGACAGGUUCAAAACAGUUCCUUGUGCAAUUAUCCCAAAAUGUAGGUUAGGAAAUUGAAAUAGGCUUGUAUUCUUCCCUCUGAAAGAGGCAAAUGAUUUGAAUUACUGGUAAUUGAGAAUAAGAAGGAAUCAGUAUGUAAGAACAUUUAUCAUUUUGCUUCUGACACAGAGAGCAACACUAGAAGUGGAACAGGAAACCCCUAACAUUUGAUAAUCAAAAAUAAGACUUUAAGCACCAUUGUGUAAAAAAACUGAAGUGUCGUUUUUCAUACAGUGGUGCUUAAAAUUAAACGUGGCAAGAUAAUCGAACAGAUUGAGCACUGGGGCUUCUUUUUUCUUAAAACCACCUGAUUACAGGGAAAGGAAGGAGUGCAUUUUAAAAAAAAGGUAAAUUGGUUUAUAUGGUCUUUUGGCACAGACUGUGGGUAACUUCAGAAGUUUAAGGUGUUUCCACAACAGUGAAGGAAAGCAGAUUCCAUAGAUUGUAUAUCACAUGAAUGAGUCUGUACUUGUAUGAAAUCUCUCUCUGUACAAAAAACCUUUUUGCGUUUACUUGACAUGAUCACUGUUUGAAAUCUCUGUGUAGUGUAAAUGUUGCAAAAUGUCGCAUCCAAUGGUCCCAUAUGCACCUUUUUUUCAGCAUGGUAUCUACAGUCUUUGGUUACAAUUUCUCUAUUGCUGAUCUGAGUCUUGGCAUGGUGUGUUCCUUGAGAGCUGGGUAUUUAUUGAAUGCAGAUGUAAUUGAAGGGAAAAUAAUAAAAUUCAGGCUUUGAACACUAAA